AUGUUGGAAGAGCUUCAGUCGCACCAGGACGAGGGAACAAGAGAAGGAGAGGACGAUACUACGUCCGCUGGACAUCUCAUGAUCAUGCGACAGCGCGAAAAGCUCACUUACAUGCGUCUCAUAGACCACGAGAUGCCCAAACUUGUUGCCUUCCGAAAACCUUUUGUUCCUCCAACAUCCGAAGCUCCCGUUUCCGUUCGAUCCAUCACUUACCUCGGAGAAGACCACCCAGCUGCCAACAAACGUGUCCUGACUGUUCCCGUAGCGCACUUACCGCUAAAUGACGACAAGGCCGUCCAUAAACUCAAGCUGCUCGCUGGUCCUCGCUGGUCACCGUCUCCUCCCAAAGACGGUGGGUUCCGAAAAGGGGAGGCAGGGAAGGAGGGAUAUGUGAAGAUCGCAUGCGAGGAGUUCCCACAACCGAACAUGAACUUGAAGUGGGCGAGCGAUACUCUGGACAGAUUGGUAGCGGAGGCAAACGACUCGUCAGAUACGUUCGCCGAUGUUCCCCUGGAUCUACGCCAUAUAGACGCGAAGGCGAUGAAGGCAGGGAAGGGAAAGUUCAAGAGAGAUCUGGCAGGUGGGAGAGUGCGAUCCGAGACGCCACCCUCUAUCAGAGACUUCCCAAAAUCAUGGCUGCCCAAGCUGCCGAAGCAGGGAUCACCAUCCACACCAUCCACACCAUCUCCUAGUUUGCAGUAG